UAUAAGCAUUGGCGGAGCGUCGGUUGUAGGACUCUGCGCGCUCGCUCGCUGUUGUGUCAGUCCUGCCACCUGCGCCGCCGCCGCCGCCGCCGCCGCUUUCGCCAUGAGGGAGAUCGUGCACUUGCAGGCCGGGCAGUGCGGCAACCAGAUUGGCGCCAAGUUCUGGGAGGUGAUCAGCGACGAGCAUGGCAUCGACCCCACCGGCACUUACCACGGGGACAGCGACUUGCAGCUGGAGCGUAUCAACGUGUACUACAACGAGGCCACCGGUGGCAAGUACGUGCCCCGCGCUGUGCUCGUGGAUCUGGAACCCGGCACCAUGGACUCCGUGCGCUCUGGGCCCUUUGGGCAGAUCUUCAGACCUGACAACUUCGUUUUUGGUCAGAGUGGUGCUGGGAACAACUGGGCCAAGGGGCACUACACAGAAGGUGCAGAGCUGGUGGACUCGGUGCUGGACGUCGUGAGGAAGGAGGCUGAGAGCUGCGACUGCCUGCAGGGCUUCCAGCUGACCCACUCGCUGGGCGGGGGGACCGGGUCUGGGAUGGGCACCCUGCUCAUCAGCAAGAUCCGGGAGGAGUACCCCGACCGCAUCAUGAACACCUUCAGCGUGGUGCCCUCGCCCAAGGUGUCGGACACCGAGGGCCUGUUACACCUCUUCUUCCGCACCCGGGAGCUGGCCACGCCCACCUACGGGGACCUCAACCACCUGGUGUCGGCCACCAUGAGCGGCGUCACCACCUGCCUGCGCUUCCCGGGCCAGCUCAACGCCGACCUGCGCAAGCUGGCCGUGAACAUGGUGCCCUUCCCGCGCCUGCACUUCUUCAUGCCCGGCUUCGCGCCCUUGACCAGCCGGGGCAGCCAGCAGUACCGCGCGCUCACGGUGCCCGAGCUCACCCAGCAGAUGUUUGAUGCCAAGAACAUGAUGGCCGCCUGCGACCCCCGCCAUGGCCGCUACCUGACAGUGGCCGCCGUGUUCAGGGGCCGCAUGUCCAUGAAGGAGGUGGACGAGCAGAUGCUCAACGUGCAGAACAAGAACAGCAGCUACUUCGUGGAGUGGAUCCCCAACAACGUGAAGACAGCUGUCUGUGACAUCCCCCCCCGUGGGCUAAAAAUGUCCGCCACCUUCAUUGGCAACAGCACGGCCAUCCAGGAGCUGUUCAAGCGCAUCUCGGAGCAGUUCACGGCCAUGUUCCGGCGCAAGGCCUUCCUGCACUGGUACACGGGCGAGGGCAUGGACGAGAUGGAGUUCACCGAGGCCGAGAGCAACAUGAACGACCUGGUGUCCGAGUACCAGCAGUACCAGGACGCCACAGCCGAGGAGGAGGGCGAGUUCGAGGAGGAGGCUGAGGAGGAGGUGGCGUAGGCUGCGUGCUCGCGGGAAAAGCGCGGAGCGGGGUGAACUCUUUAUUCGCUCACGGCCUGUCUCCUGGUAGUCACGUCUCUGUGUACCUGCUGCCCUCGUCUCGACCUCAUGCUGUACAGACGCCUCCAUUAAAGCAUUUUCAUAGUG